GCAACAACGGUAUGGAAAUCAGCUGUUUGGAUAUCUCAUUCAUAAGUCCAAGUUCUCUGUUAUUGUAUUUUAUUAAAUAUUAAUCUAUUAAGAACAUAAAAUUGCGUUUAAUAAAUUUGUAAAAUGGCGCAACUGGUUUUACUACGACAAGUGAUGAAUAAAACUUUAAAACAUCAAAUGUGCCGCAUGAUUGCCAUGUCGCAGUCCCCUCUAUAUCAAAUACGAAAGGAGGAGGACACGAGUCGUUCCUUGCAGGAGUCUAGAGAACGAGCUGAUAUAUCGACAGAUGUUAGACCUCUGGGUGAAAAAAUCAAGGAAAAUACAAAAACUGUCAGUUACACAGCGAUAAUUCUAGCCGGUAUUGGAGUAACCGGCGUAAUGUUUUACGCAAUUUUCCGCGAGCUCUUUUCUAGUUGUAGCCCAAAUAAUAUUUACUCAGACGCCUUGGAUCUCGUAAAGGAGGAUCCGCGUGUUCAAGAUGCACUGGGAGCUCCCAUAAAAGGGUAUGGUGAGGAGUCACGUCGUGGUCGCCGACAACGUGUUGCACAUUCGACUUUCGAGAGAAACGGAGUACUACAUGUACGCAUGCAGUUCUACGUGCAAGGUAUACGCAACAGAGGCACAGUUCAUUUGGAGUCACGUCAGGCAUCUUCGGGGAAAAUGGAAUAUCGUUAUUUAUUUGUGCAACUCGAUUACUACCCUCACACAACUAUUAUUAUCGAGGAUAAUCGUGCCUAUGAUCCCAGCCCCGCGUCGUCCACAAUUCCUCUUAAUUCUGGAAAUCUAGAUUUUACAUCGUUCCAGAAGAAAUGAUACCACAUGUUCGGUAUAUAAAGGUGUGCAGACGAUGAAUUUUAUUAAAGUUUAUUUUUAUUUUAUAAGAUACCAUACCAGACAGUGUAUUCUUAUAACAUGCAACGAAACUGUAACAUGUAAAGAUUUUCUUAAAAAAGACUAAUUUGUUUACUGUCAAAUCGCAAAUCGAUAAGCUGUGGUUAUAAAUAAUACUGUACAAAAUUAAGAACAAAACAGUUUUGUUAAAGUCGCCAAAGUUUAAGCAAUACACAAGCACUCCUGUGGAUGCAAUAAUUAAA